AUGCCGUUUUGCCGAACCAAGUUCAUGGCUGGUCACUCGACCGGCACGCUCGGUCGUUCCAUGCCCAGGGUGCUUUCUAUUGGUGCGUUGAGCGAGAAGUUUCCAAAUAACACGAUAGACGAAGCUGCUGACCUCCUUACUGCCUAUCAGGUGCCUCUAUCAAUUGAGACGGCUCCCGGGGGUGUUGAGCAUUCAAAUGGAUACCGUUCUGGACCAACUCUUGAAAAGACAAAAGUCGACCUUAGAGCUGAGUCUCCCCCAAUCGCCAUCCGUGCUAGAACUCGGCCUCCGGCGGUGGAGAGGCAUGCCGCAAAACACCGGGCGCCUUCAAGAACCCGUGCUCCUUCAAAAACCCGGGCCCGCUCCCCGGUUGCGCCCGUCGUAUAUUCACAGCAAGAGGAGGUUCCCAUCACCCAUCAAAAACGGCCUAGACAAGUGCACCGCCGUGAAACUGCUCCAGCCCGUCCAGAAGAGGCAACAGCCCCACGCCGCCGUAACAGCUCCUCCUCCCGUCAUCGGGAUGGCGAUCCUAUGGCCUCACGUGGUUACGCUCUCCCUCAUGGUGCCCAAUUUCAGGGGUGGGUUUCAGAACGCGGGUGGAAUAUGAACUUCUUCACGGAACAGGUUCCAGCACCCCCACCGCCACACCAUGCAUGGACACCAGAACAUAACGACAAUCCUGCCGCACCACUAAACUGGGCCACCGCGAGCGUGCAAAUACCUCCACCACCACCUCUUCACCGCCGGUACACAUCGGAUUAUGCCAGUCAUCCUGAUCCUUCCCCGCCAGGAGGUUGGUAUGACGACAGUGCUGCUGCCGAGCCUAGUACUAGGGAGACUCGUAAAGACCCUCUGCACCGUAACAGAAACUUCUCGAAUGCGGUGGAGACGGAAAGACCAGCGGCCAGAGAGAGUCGCAAACGGGAUCACCACAGGCCCAGGACAGACAGUAGUACACGCAAAGAUACGCACCAGAAGCGCGACCAUGUGCAGGGCCGUGCCGAGCAGGGUACGCAUUAUAGUGCCCGGUUUGAGUACGUUCAUCCUACGCCCGACGGGCAACCUGGUGGCUGGUACCACCAUGGGGAUUUUCCAAGCGCACACACUACUUACCAAUACACCUCCUACGAGACCCAUUACCAGGCCGAUCCAUAUGCCGAUGGCAUUCAUUAUGACUUUGAGCAGCCGUCAUUCCAUACAUAUAACGAAGGUAUGGGUUAUGGAGAGAGUAGCUAUCCCCGUCCAUCUGCUUCGCGCGGGGACUACCAGGAGCACAGUGGGGACUACCAGGAGUACCAUGGGGACUACCGGGAGCACCAUGGGGACUACCGGGAGCACCACGGAAGCAGUGGAAGACAUAGACAUGAAUAUCCAUCAAAUGGUGCGGCUGAAGCUGUACCGCCGGUAAAGGACUUGACGAAGCACUGGGUUGUAUUAGGGCUCCAGGAGGGUGCAGAUGAGGCGGCGAUUAGGUCGGCGUAUAAGAAGAUGGCGCUGAAGUGUCAUCCGGAUAGACAGGUGGGGAAAGACGAGAGAGAGAAGGAAAGGAUGGAGGAGCUGUUCAUCAAGGCGAAGGCUGCGCAUGAUACUUUGUUGAAGAAGUAG